UGUUAUAUAUACGUUGCUAAACAGAGGUGUCAGUCUGAAGAAAACUGGAAGUGAGUUUGUUGUAACAUGACAAGAACAUUAAAGUUUCUCUGCAUGGCAAAGCAAAGAAUGUUGUUAGCAAGAGCAACUAGUCAAGGUUGAUUUGCUAAAGGCUCUUUUUGAUUGCCUCUCAACUACAUAAAGCAUCUUGUUUGAAGUAGCAACUCACAGAGACUAGGCAUGGCUGAGGUUUUCUGGUCUGUAUUCUGUGGGAAUUCUGAGUGUUCAAGCGAAGAUGGAAAGAGAUGCAGUUAUGGUUUUCUGUCCAUAAUCGACCCCAACACAUGCAUCAACAAUUCUUUGGUUAUUUCUGUUGAUUUCCUGCUCAUGCUCAUGUUCCUGUAUAUGGUCAUUUAUAGAUCAUUCUCAAGGAAGAUUGUAGAACCAUCACACUCUGAACACUUCUCUCCAAUUUUGAUUUUCUCAGCCAUUUCUAAUGGUGCUCUGGGUUUGGCUUACUUGGGAUCUGGGAUUUGGAUAUGUUAUAAAGAACUGAAAGCAACAGGAACCAUUUUACCUCUGCAUGGAUGGCUAGUAAUGCUAUUCCAAGGAUUCACAUGGUUGCUGCUGGAUUUUGCAGUAAUUAUUGACAGUCUACACUUUCAACACAUCACAAUUUCACAGCUUUGUUCAAUUGUCGCCUUCUUAUUUGCAGGAUUCCUCUGCUUUUCAUCUAUUUGGGUCAUUAUUUUGGACAAAAUGGUAUAUGUUCAAAUGAUUUUGGAUAUUUUGUCCCUUCCGGGGGCAGUCCUGCUGCUCUUGUUUGUUUUUCGUAGACACAAGUAUGAGGAAACGGAUCCAGACUUCAGUCAUGAUACUUCUUAUGUACCUUUACAAGGUGAAGGAGACAAUGCCACAGGUGAAAAUUAUUCCAAUGAAAAUGUUACUUCUUUUGCCAAAGUUGGAUUUCUUAGCACUAUGACAUUUUGGUGGUUGAAUCCAUUAAUGAAGCAGGGUAAGGAGAAAAUUCUUGAGGAAAAUGAUAUUCCACAGUUAAGGCAGGCAGACCGAGCUCAAACAUGCUACUUAAUAUUUAAGGAGCAACUAAGCAAACAGAAACAAAAAGCAACAUAUGAAUCCCCGUCAAUGUUCUCAGUAAUAUUUUCAUGCCAGAAAAAGGCAAUUUUAAUUUCUGGAUUCUAUGCAUUGAUCAAGGUCCUCACAGUGUCUACAGGUCCAUUGUUUCUUAAAGGCUUCAUUGAGGUUGCAGGUGGCAAUGAAGCUUUUGAAUAUGAGGGUUAUGCACUGGCCGGAGGGCUCUUCUUGGCGAAGUGUUUGGAGUCAUUCUCCGAGAGGCAAUGGUUCUUUCAAACCAGAAUAAUUGGGCUCCAAGUAAGAUCCUUUCUUUCUGCAGCUAUCUAUCAGAAGCAACUGCAACUCUCAAAUGCUGCUAAGGUGACUCAUUCUCCUGGCCAGAUAAUGAACUAUGUCACAGUAGAUGCCUAUAGGAUAGGUGAAUUUCCAUAUUGGUUUCAUCAGAUAUGGUCAACAAGCCUUCAGCUGUUUCUUGCAUUAAUUAUUGUCUGGUAUUCUGUGGGGCUAGCAACUGUUGCAGCUUUAAUUGUAAUCAUACUAACAGUGGUUGCAACUUCUCCAUUAGCCAAAUUGCAGCAUAACUAUCAGACAAAACUCAUGUUGGCACAAGAUAAGAGGCUGAAGGCCAUUACAGAAGCUCUUGCAAAUAUGAAGGUCUUGAAGUUGUAUGCUUGGGAGAAACAUUUUAAGAAUGUCAUAGAAGGGUUAAGGAAAGAAGAAUCUGAGUGGAUACUAGCAGUACUAUCGCAAAAGGGGUACUAUUUGAUUUUGUUUUGGUCGUCUCCCAUUUUAGUAUCAAUUGCCACCUUUUGGUCAUGCUACUUCCUUGGAAUUCCACUAUCUACUAGUAAUGUAUUCAUGUUCCUAGCAAGUCUGCGCAUUGUUCAGGAGCCCAUUAGGAUGAUCCCUGAUGUCGUUGGAGUGUUCAUUGAAACAAAUGUUUCUUUAUCUCGGAUAGUGAAGUUUCUGGAGGCGCCAGAGUUAGAGAACAGAAAUACAAGGCAAAAAUGCAAAAAGAAAGAGCUUGAGCAGUCCAUAUUUAUCAGGGCCACAGAAAUAUCGUGGGAGACUAGUCCUGCAAAUGCCACACUAAGAAACAUAAAUUUGGAGGUGAAACAAGGAGAAAAGGUAGCUAUCUGUGGAGAGGUUGGAUCAGGAAAAUCUACCAUUUUAGCUGCGAUUCUUGGAGAGGUGCCAAACAUCAAGGGCAUAGUUAAUGUUUAUGGAAAAAUAGCAUAUGUUUCUCAAACAUCCUGGAUCCAGACAGGGUCUAUACGAGAAAACAUUCUGUUUGGGUCCCCCAUGGAUUCGUUUAGAUACAAAGAAGUUCUUAAAAGAUGUUCCCUAAUAAAGGACCUCGAGAUGCUUCCAUUUGGUGAUCUCACUGAAAUAGGAGAAAGAGGUGUUACUUUGAGUGGUGGACAAAAGCAGCGGGUUCAACUUGCACGUGCACUCUAUCAGGAUGCAGAUGUAUAUCUCUUGGAUGAUCCAUUCAGUGCUGUUGAUGCACAUACUGCAACCACACUAUUUAAUGAAUAUGUGAUGGGAGCUCUAUCUAAGAAGACAGUCUUGCUGGUGACUCACCAAGUGGACUUCCUUCCUGCAUUUGAUUCUGUUUUGUUAAUGACAGAAGGGAAAGUAUUAAGAGCUUCUACAUAUGAAGAAUUGCUGGCUUCUAAUCAAGAAUUUCAAAAUCUUGUCAAUGCACACCAUGAUAGUGUUGGUUCUGAGAGACAAGCCAAAUAUGCUUCUUCUGGAAAAUCUAAAACCUCCAAAAGUGAGAUCCAGGGAAAUUAUAAUGAGGAGCAGGUAAUGUCAUCUUUAGGAGAUCAAUUGAUUAAACAAGAAGAAAGAGAAAUUGGAGAUACUGGUCUCAAGCCUUACAGACAGUAUCUGAGUCAACAAAAGGGCUUUUUGUACUUCACCUUGGCAACCAUUUGCCAUAUGCUAUUCAUAGUUGGCCAAAUUAUUCAAAACUACUGGUUGGCUGCUAACAUCCAGAAUUCUCAUGUAAAUAGAGUAGAACUGAUCACAGUUUACACAGUGAUUGGGUGUAUCCUAGCAUUAAUUUUGCUUAUUAGAUCCAUUUACGUAGUUCUUUUAGGAUUUGGGGCAUCACAAUCGGUUUUUUCUACACUGCUGACCUCUCUUUUUCGGGCACCAAUGUCGUUUUAUGACUCAACGCCUCUGGGAAGGAUUCUCAACCGGGUGUCAUCUGAUUUGACUGUCGUGGACCUUGAUUUGGCUUUCAAAUUAAGUACUGCCCUUGGGUCAGCUAUGAUCUCGUACUCUGGCUAUGCAAUAUUAGCUAUUCUAACCUGGCCAGUCUUGUUUCUCAUAAUUCCAAUGGUUUAUCUAACCAUACUCUUACAGAGAUACUUCUUUGCUUCUGCUAAAGAGUUGAUGCGUACAGAUGGUACAACCAGGUCUUUGAUUGCAAGCCACCUCGCUGAAUCCAUUGCUGGAGCCAUGACAAUUAGAGCUUUUGGGGAGGAAGAGAGGUUCUUUAUAAAGAACUUGGACCUUAUUGACAGAAACGCGAGUCCAUACUUCUAUAGUUUUUCAGCGAAUGAGUGGCUAAUUCAACGUCUAGAAAUUCUAUGUGCAAUUGUUCUCUCGGUCUCAGCACUUGCCAUGACUUUGCUUCAACUCGGAGCUUCGGCCUCUGGAUUAAUUGGAAUGGCACUGUCAUAUGGUCUUUCAUUAAAUGUACAUGUUGUUUUUUGUGUCCAAAACUGGUGCUUUUUAGAAAAUUUAAUUACUUCUGUUGAAAGGCUAGAACAGUACAUGCAUAUUCCUAGUGAAGCUGCCGAAGUAAUACAAGGUCACCGACCCAUGCACAAUUGGCCUGUUGUUGGUGAAGUGAAAAUAAUUGAUUUGAAGGUGAGGUAUCGGCCCAAUGCUCCCCUAGUUCUUCGAGGGAUAAGUUGCAUAUUUGAAGGAGGGCACAAAAUUGGGAUUGUUGGCCGGACUGGUAGUGGAAAGACAACUCUUACUAGUGCUUUGUUUCGUCUAGUGGAGCCAACUGAGGGAAGGAUCAUUAUAGAUGGCAUUGACAUUUCUUCAAUUGGGCUUCAUGAUUUAAGGUCACGUUUAGGAAUCAUACCACAAGAUCCAACACUAUUUAGUGGGUCAGUGAGAUACAAUCUAGACCCCCAGUCAGAGCAUACUGAUCAGGAAAUAUGGGAGGUUCUAGGAAAAUGUCAGCUUCGAGAGGCUAUUAGUGAAAAUGAAGAGGGCCUGAAUUCCUUAGUUAUGCAAGAUGGAUCAAAUUGGAGCCUGGGACAACGACAAUUAUUUUGUUUGGGACGUGCAUUACUAAAGAAAAGUCAGAUACUAGUGCUUGAUGAGGCCACUGCAUCAAUUGACAAUGCAACCGACUCCAUUAUUCAGAAAACUAUAAGAACAGAAUUCACAAACUGCACUGUAAUAACAGUGGCGCAUCGGAUACCAACUGUCAUGGACUGCACUAAGGUGCUUUCUAUUAGUGAUGGGAAAAUAGUGGAGUAUGAUGAGCCAUUAAAGCUGAUGAGCAUGGAGGGGUCACUUUUUGGUCAGCUUGUCAAGGAAUAUUGGUCUCAUUCUGCAAGUGGAAGUGUUUACUUGGAAAAUUGAUAGAAGCUCACUAGAUGCAGCAACUGGUUAUAAGCUCCUCUCAAUUUCCUAGCAAGACUAUGCCUUGCAUCAUGUGAUCGGAAAUAUAACUUAAUUAAGCAGUGGAAAAGCUGCAAACAAAGCCACAUGCAAUUUCUUCGGGCCUUGUUAUUAAUUGGGUUAAGACUUUUUUUUGAAAACAAUUGGGUUAAGAGUAUACAUUUUCUCAAAAAAAUUGUGUGUCAAUUUAA